CAUGGCGCUUUGGAGGAGAGGUGUUCGAUUAUAGUCAGGGCUACUGGCUAAUUUCAUUUAGCUAUGUUUUUUUAAACAAUAUUAAGGUACAAACAUCAAAGAUGAUAGGUCGCGAAAGGUGAUCGCUCCUUUCGUCUCUAUGGACAACGGAACACUACGUUUGGUAGCGGUGUUUGCUGUCGUCAGCUAAAACUGUUAGCAUUGACAUGCUAGCUGAAGCUAGUUAGCUGGCUUACAGUCGCCAGACAAACAGAAAAUAUGCUUGUUUAUGUAGCCUACACUGACGUUAAACUCAUUAUAAUCAAUGAUUAAAACGCUUUAUUUAGCAUCAAAUCAGCCAUUUUUCGUUUAGGACGACGAUUCCAGUUAGCUAACAUUUCGUUAGCUAAGCUAGGAGGAUGGAGAGCCGCCAUGGAUAUGUUUUGUUGCUGGCCAGUGGGAUUUUUCUUUCGGUGUUUUGGCUGUCUGAAGGUGCCCCUCUUCAGUAUCCCCACAAAUCAGGUGGAAGCACAGGAGACCCUCUGUCUGUGUCUCUCUACUUGUCCCUGGUGGUGUCACUGACGGCGCUUGUGGCCUUGGUGGUGUUGCUUGUGAACUGUGUGACCUGCUGCAAGGAAAGGGAGAUCAACUUCAAGGAGUUUGAGGACCACUUUGAUGAUGAGAUCGACUUCACCCCGCCGGCAGAGGACACGCCAUCUAUGCAGUCCCCAGCCGAGGUGUACACCCUCGCUGUGUCCCCUGUGGCCCUGCCUGGACCCCCACACCUCCAACCUCCUGCCCGCAUCACAGAGGGAUCCACAAACUUCCAAGUUGCACGUCAUAAUCUGAGUUAUAUCCAGGAGAUCGGCAAUGGCUGGUUUGGCCAGGUCCUUCUAAGUGAAAUCUACACAGAUCCAGGUGGAGCCAGAGUGGUGGUGAAAGAGUUAAAAGCUAAUGCAAGUGCCAAGGAGCAGAAUGACUUCCUGCAGCAGGGAGAUCCAUACAGAGUGCUGCAGCAUCCAAACAUCCUCCAGUGCCUCGGACAGUGUGUCGAGGCCAUUCCCUUCCUGCUCAUCUUUGAGUAUUGUGAAAUGGGGGAUUUGCGGGGCUAUCUGUCUCAGCAGGAUUGGAUGUUCAGAAAUGCUGAGUUGCUGCAGCUGCAGAGGAUGGCCUGUGAAAUUGCUGCCGGUGUCACUCACCUUCACAAACACAACUUCCUGCACAGUGAUUUGGCUCUGAGGAACUGCUACCUGACUGCAGAUCUUACUGUCAAAGUGGGAGACUAUGGAAUUGGACCCUACAGAUACAAAGAGGAUUACAUCAUCACAGAGGAUGACGUGUUUGCUCCCCUUCGCUGGUUGGCUCCUGAGCUGGUGGGUGAGCGCCAUGGGGGUGUGAUUACUAUGGAGCAGACCAAGCCCAGCAAUGUGUGGUCCUUGGGGGUGACAUUGUGGGAGCUCUUCGAGAAUGCUGCUCAGCCGUACCCACAUCUGUCUGACCGUGAGGUUCUCAAUCAUGUGAUCAAGGAACAACAAGUCAAACUCUUUAAGCCACAGCUUGACCUGCCUUAUUCGGACAGAUGGUAUGAGGUCCUCCAGUUCUGCUGGCUGUGCCCAGACAAGCGGGCUACAGCAGAGGAAGUGCACCGUUUGCUUAUCUACCUGCGCAUGCAAGGCCAGAAGGACAUCGAAGAAGAUUUUGAGCAGCGCUGGGAUGCUCUCAAGCCUAACCCCUCCACACGGCAGACCACUGUUAGUCACUCCUCUUUCCCUAUCCUGGAACAGUUUGCUGAUGAUGCCCUGCGACAAGAGAUCGAUGAAGUUCUUACUGUCACUGAGACUAGCAAAGGUCUCAGCUUUGAGUAUGUAUGGGAGGCAGCUAAGCACGACCACUAUGAUGGAAACCAUGGCCGCUCAAGCAUGGACACAACGUUGAACUACCACAGCAUGUUCUUUCCUGUUUCCAGCGCAGACAUCCAGGCACAUUUCCCUGAUCCUGCAGCCAGAGCAGCGGGCACAGAAAGUGUUAACACUCCAUCGGGAAUACCUGGGAUUGUACCAGUGUUUGAUGCACAAAAGCCAUCUAAUGGAAAUGAAUUUUACAUACAACUAGAAGAGCAAGGGGAAAGCACUGUUGGGGAAGAAGGGAAUAGAGGACAAGACAUGGACUUUAGUUCAGGCCGGCAAGACUUUGUUGUUCUCCAAGAUGUCCGUCUGGAUGAGUCUAGCACAGAUGCUGACUUUUUCCACCAAAGCAUUGACUCCAAGGAUUCCUAUUUACCCGACAGUCACAUCUGGUCAUCUCUUGAAAAUGACAGCCCAUACCACACCAACAUUUUCACAGACGGAGGGUCCAAGCAAGAGGACUCCCCUUCCUGGAGGCAGAGUUUCAUGGAGCUUCCAGAGCGCAAUGGAAACCCUUUCCAUGAAGGGACACCUCUAGAGCACCAGGAGUCAGAUGAAGAUAAACGCUAUGGGGAUUCUUUUUUAGGGGAUUGUUCAGAAGCCACUCCACACCUGGUGGAUCUUGUGAAAGUGGAGGGGGAGAACACAGAUGUGAAGAGGCUUCUGAACACUGAAAAGCUAGCUGACAACUUUAUGUUUCUCAAAGACCAGAACCUGAUGAAAGAUGGAUCUCUUUUCUCCACAAGUCCACAGCAGAAUUUUCUUUCACCUGGCAUAGCCCACGAACCAGAAGAAGCAUUCAGAAUGAGGUCUUGGGACAACCUUGAGACUUUAGGCAGCUUAAACACAGCAGACACUUAUUCCAAACCUGCAGCAAGUAGCACAUCCUCAAGACAGGAACUUUUGGACUCUCCAAGUACCAGCUUGGGGGAGUUAAGUCAGUCUCUGGUAGAAAAUGUAACACUGGUGCCUUCCAUUACAGUGGUCACAGAAGAUGACACAAGUAACCAGCUGCCAGUUAGAAACAGUUCUUCCACCGAAGACCUUGGUCUGCUGCAAUCCUCAGACAGAGGUAUAGACUCUGGUUUUGAUUCUACCUCAGAGAGGUUUGAGGUUAUCGUUAGUCAAACUGAUGGCCACACCCCUGAAUUCUCUGAAAGUGCCACCUCAGACUCAUUGUGCACAGAUGCCAAAAUUCCCAGCCUUGAAGACUACCUUGGAACCUCAGAGGAUAGUGCUCAGCUCGUAGAAAGUAAAAUGCCUGAAAACCUGCAAGUCCAAGCCGUGUCCUCAGACAACGGGCACAGUGAAGACCUAACAAGCAACGAUUUGUUGAGUGAACUCAUUGAGGAUGCAGAUAUAGAACUGGAAACCACUCUGUCUGACCACGAAGAGUCCUUUAUCGAUACUAAUGGAAAACCUCUUGUGAGAUCUUCUCUGUUGGUCUCUGGGCCGUCUUUGGACCAGAUCAGCCAGGACAGCUUACUGGAAGACAGUAUGUCCACCACUCUACCAACUGUAGACAAUUCAGCUGAGACACCAGACUCUCUAGACUCCCUUGAUAUCCACAGGCUUGGGGAACAGGCAGAAGAGCUGAACGGUCAAAUAGUUCAACACAAACUCCAGCCUCCAUACAAAAUAUCAGACAGUGGGUAUGAGACAGAGAACCUAGAGUCUCCUGAGUGGAAUUUUCAGCCUAACGUUAAAGACCACUCCCCUGUAAAAAAUGGCACGAGUGUUGCCAAAGGAGAGGUGGAGACAGAAGAGUCCACAGCUCCAACAAAUCUGGUUCCACCGGAGAUCAUCAUUUCUGAAGCAGAGGGUGUGCUGGAUACUCACAAUGAGGAUCCCAGUGAGGUCCAGGAGCCGGAUCCCGCAGCUCCUGCUGAGGAAUCGCUCAUGGGCAGUAAUUACAGAGACUCUGCCUACUUCUCAGACAAUGAAUCAGAACCUGAGAAGAAGUCUGAAGAAGCAGCUGGAGGUCCUGCUGAAGUCACGUGGCUGAGGAACUCGACCGAUGAGGUCAGCGGGCCCCCUGGGGGUCCGGCGCUGGAGGUUAACGAGCAGGGAGAUGUAGAUUCCUUAUUUCCUCAGCAAAAGUCUUCUGUAGCUGCUGAAGGACAGGCGGAGGUCGGAGAAACACCUGAUACUGAUAAUGGGGGCAUGUUACUGAAGGCAGAUUCAGAUAUCACAGAGAAAUGUGAGAGAGAGGCGACUAACAGCCCCGAUGAAGAUGGAAACAAAUCAACGUUUUUCAAGGAUGUAACAUCUACCCAUCAGCCAGACCUUUCAGAGGAUCCAGAAACCUCAACUCCACUUCCUUCUGCCACCACAUUAAAGCCGGCGCCAGAGAGCGCAGUUCACGCUAAACUAACCAGAACCUAUGCCAGUGAUGGUCAUAAAAUAAAAGAGCCGGACAUGGAGGGGCGUUACCUGGGGAGGCGGGACGGCUCGGGUUUAGAUGUGCAGGAGGACGGCGUGGAUGCUGACGAGGAGGACGAGAACAGCGAUGAUUCUGAUGACGACAUUCGUGCAUAUCAGCUACACAGCUCCAGCUCAGAAAGCGAGGAUGAUACCGUGCAUACAGUGCCGCUUAUUAUCUCAGAUGACAGUAGUGCAAAGAACCUUAAGAGCUUGUUGAAACCCACCACCUUGAACAUCGAGGCAUCGUCCUCCCCAUUUGCCGCGAGGUGCAAUGCAGAUAACUCCAGGAGAGCUGUGUCCUUCUUCGAUGAUGUCACUGUCUACCUGUUCGACCAGGAGACUCCCACCAAGGAACUGGGUGAUCACUCUUCAGGCUCAAACAGUCGGGUACCAGAGUUCAGCAGCCCAGUGCCCACUGCCAGCUACCUGAACCGGUUCGCCAACUCUGAAAGCUCCACAGAUGAAGAAGGUGGUGGUUUUGAGUGGGAUGACGACUUCUCCUCCCCUGCGCCCGCUUUCCUACCUAAGAACGAUAAAGACCCAAUAUCUAAGGCUAUGUCCUCAUCUGCAGCAUCUCGCUUUUCCUCUCCGCCCCCUGCAGCAGGGCGCGUGCUGGAGCCCAGCUGGUCCAGCUCCUCAAACUACUCCCGUUUUUCCAUCUCACCCGCCAGCAUCGCUAGCUUCUCCCUGACACAUCUUACUGACUCCGACAUUGAACAAGGAGGAAGCAGUGAGGACGGCGAAAAAGACUAGUGUGAUAAAUGAAAGGACCUUUGAUCAUCACACUAUUGAGAAAUGAACGUAUACUCGCACUUUUUUUGGGAAUGGAGAACGGCUGAAUAAGGACAAAUGACACGGCUUGUGGGUUCAAACCGUGGAUGCUUCUCUCAGGCAGAACUGUUCUUCAUGGAUGUUGGCCAUGAGAACAAAGGCUGUAAACUGACUUUCAGCAAAUAAGACAGACAAGGCCCAGUCCCAGUCUGAGCCACAUCACCUCUCCAGCUACAUCAGUGUGUGUGAUUUCAGUUCAGUGCAAUUCCACUUUGGAAAAAAAACAAAACAAAAGAAAACGACUAAAAACGGGCCUAGCUUCUAAAUGUUUGCUUUAAAGACUCAUCAAGCGCAUUCCAAGUGUUUGGCUGCUUCUUUUUGUUGUGUGUCUAAGUGCACUCCUUCUCCAGGACUUUUGCAUCACCAAAAAAAAAAAAAGAAAAAAAAAAAGACUUUUUAUGUUCUGAAUUGAUGGACACACUGGGCUGGCAAACUUACCACUACAGCCAAAUAGGAAUAAGCUCUUUGAUUUCAGCAGACCUAAAACUGAAGAUCCAAGCUUUUUCUGUAACAUAGUUGAUUUUGCUCCUUCAUGUUGUGCGAUUAUUUCAGUGGUUGCCUUUUUUGGAAGAGGGAUUUGUUUUUCGUAACCUUUCAUUGGGUGUAGUCACAAUCUCCUAACGGGAGAGAAACAAUGUGUGGUAUCCUUCUGUAGCAGCAUUUGAAAAAGAAGGGUUGAAAUUUAGGAAGCACCAUCCAUGCAUAGAAUGAUUGGAUAACUAAAUCCCUCAUCUACAGAGGUGACACACUGUAUGCUCCUUUAUUUAUGUUUGAGAGGAGCGUUUACAGUAAGUAGUUUCAUAUUUUUUGAGACAUCUCAGUAAGAAUUGUGGGUAUUAUUAGACGAGGAUUGUCAGAUUAAUCCUUAAAGCAGGGAUUAAAUGAAAGACAAUUUUGAGGAAAAGCUUAAACAAGUUAUUUAUGUUGUAACGCUUAAUUUUAAUGCUCUGAGAAGUGCAGCGAGUCGCUUGGAUGGAUUUCGUCUCCACAGCUCGUCACUCGGUCUCAUCACAGUGCCUGUUGACACUGUAAAGACAGCUGCACUCCUCAAUUUGCUAUCACUACAAAAUUUCAAAUCACGUAAAGUGAGAUUGUGUAAAAAAAAGUGGGAGAUUUUAUUUUUAACUGUCAGAAUGAAGAAAUGUAUCAAGCUGUUUGUAAACAAAUGUGCAAUGAAUUUCAUGAAUUGGUUGAAAUUCGUGUCACAGUUCAUAGGAUGACCCGGUGAACGUGGCGGCGUUUCUUCAGUAAUGUGCAGGGACUUAAAGCUUCAUUAAGAAAAAGAAAUCACUACUAGAACAAAAAACACUGCUGCUUUAUCAACUUCAGUGUCAUGAACAGAGUUGUCUGCCUUUGUUGUUUUGUUUUUUUUUUUGUUUUGUGUCAAACUUAAUUAAUCUGCUCAGAUGGCAUUUUCCUCCUAAAGGAACUCUUUGUCCAGUUGAAAUUUUUGAGCGUUUCAUCGUUGUAUCUUAUCAUUUGCAGGGCAUCCAUUGUUUCUGUGGCUGUACAGGGUUGGUUGGGGAUCUGUGUGUCAUGAUCAGUUUCUGUAUAGGAGCGAAUAAUGCAAAUGGUUAUGGAUCAAGAUAUGCUUCCCCUCCCCAAGGUUUCCAUGUACAGCUAUAAAAUCAGUUAUAUGAAACUGUAGCUUAUACAGUUACUAUAUGGUUCUUUCCUUUUAAUGAGUCAAACACUUUAAAGAUUUUGUCACUGACCUGAUGAACAGCUAUACUUCACCUGUAGUAGAUAAUGUCCAUCUCCCCCGCCCCCACACAGAAGGCACUGUAUCUUAGACAAUGUUAACCUCUGUUUAAAACCAGCAGCCUGUGCUUCAGUUAAACUUGAACAUUUAUUUAAGGAAAUCUUGUUUUGUUUGACUACAGUAUACAUUUUGCUUAAUCUUGCACAUUUGAGAAAUGUAACUUAAUGUUGAACUGUACUGAUGUAUAUAAAUGUUUAAUUUUUUUUUUUGUCUGUAAAUGGGAAAUGAUGUAACUGAGUUAUAGGUAUGAGGUUUCAUUUUGUAACUUAAAGCUGAGUUGAUCAGAGGAACAUAUCACAGUCAUUGGCUAAAAAGCAGUUAAAUUAAGACACAGAAGCGGAUGUGAAUUCAUUCUGUCCUUUAAACUUGUAGAUUUUAAAAAUAUUUUUACUUCAUAUUGAUCAUGCUUAGUGUAAUUGAAUGAAAUGUUUAUAAUUACACUGUUUAAUAUGAAAAUAAAUGCAAAUG